AUGAAUCCUCUCUACAAUCCUCCCGCCCCUGAAUCGUCCCGGACAUUUCAGUUCCUAAAACGUGUGAAUGCUGAAUAUGGUCUAGCACUAUCUUCUUACGAAGAGCUCUAUCGCUGGUCUACAAACAGGAUUGACGACUUCUGGAGUGCCGCUUGGGAUGAAACCGACAUUACCGGAUCCAAGGGCGGUAUCGUCGUCGACGCAUCUGCCUUGCCGCCCGCGAAUCCUUCAUGGUUUCCGGAAGCCAAGCUCAAUUGGGCCGAGAACAUGCUCCGCUGCCGCUCCCCGGAUAAGACGGCGUUGAUCGAAGCCAUUGAGCCUGAGCCGAACAACCCCGAUCCUCCACUUCGUCGCGUGUCCUACGCCGAACUCUACUCUCUCGUUGCCGACCUUGUGUCUGCAUUCCUCUCGCUAGGCCUCAAGGCGGGAGAUCGAGUCGCGUCGUACUCGUCCAACUCCGUUGAAAACGUCGCGGCAUGUCUAGCGUCCUCUGCCAUCGGCUGCAUAUGGGUCAGUGCCGCUGCAGAUUUCGGUCCAGAGGGAGUCUUGGAGAGGUUCGAGCAAGUCCAGCCAAGAUUGAUUAUAUCCGUCGACUCUGUUGUCUACAAUGCAAAAGUGCACCCUCACCUUCCAAAGCUAAAGGCACUACUUUCCGGCCUCUCCGAUCGCAUAUCACUGCAGCCCCAAGUCAUCGUCGUUCGCCGUUCUCUGACGCCUUCCUACAAUGAGCAGUGGGAGCAGGGAUGGCUCGAGUGGAAGCAUAUUGUUUCCAUAGGUCAAGAGAAACAACUUGGUCGCACAACUGACGGAGAGGUCGAGUGGAAGCGUUUAGACUUUGACUGGCCCCUUUGGAUUUUAUUCAGCUCCGGGACGACUGGACGCCCGAAGCCGAUUGUCCACCGAGCAGGAGGUAUGCUCCUGCAGAUGAAGAAGGAAUUCACCAUUUGCGCGGACCUCCAACCUCAAGACGUAUUCUUUUACUAUACCACAACAGGAUGGAUGAUGUGGAACUGGCUGAUAAGCGCCCUGAGCGUGGGGUGUACGCUGGUGCUAUACGACGGCAGCCCGCUGCGCGAUCCGGCUUACCUCUGGCGACUCGUAGAUGAGCUGGGUAUUACGCUCUUCGGAACUAGCGCGAAAUAUAUCGACUCACUUUCAAAAGUGUACAAGCCUGCGGAACACCACACAUUGACAUCGCUGCGCCACAUUUAUUCGACAGGUUCUCCACUCGCAUCCCCGUUGUUUGAUUUUGUAUACGUGCAUAUCAAGGCCGAUAUCCUCCUUGCUUCUAUCACCGGUGGAACCGAUAUCUGCUCCCUCUUUGCGGGCGUGUGCACAGCGCUUCCAGUGUUCCGGGGAGAAAUUCAGUGCCGGUUAUUAGGUAUGGCAGUAGAAGUUUUCACGCCCGCAGGCAUACGGGCACAGCCAGACGAAGCAGGAGAACUGGUAUGUUUGAAGCCAUUUCCGUGUAUGCCUGCGGGGUUCUGGCCGCUGCCCGGGUACGGUCCCGAGGACGCUGUUGAAGCUGCCAAACUGCGCUAUCAACAGGCGUACUUCUCAGAGUAUCCGGAUGUAUGGUUUCACGGAGACCACGUUAUCAUCACGCGAUCGCGUGCAGGAAACGGAGGGGGUCUGAUAAUGCUGGGGAGAAGCGAUGGUGUACUCAAUCCUGGAGGGGUGCGCUUUGGGUCAGCUGAAAUCUACGACGUGAUUGAGCUAUGCUUCGCGCCGUCGACGUCGCACGCCGGGCACGCCAUUGCUGACAGCUUGGUGGUCGGCCAGAGCAUUGCCAAGGGCACGGAUGAGCGCGUUGUGCUGUUUGUGAAGCUUCUUGAGGGGCAAACGCUUACCCCGGAAUUGGAGAAGCGGGUGAAGGCCGAGAUACGGUCGCGGAGAAGCGCGAGACACGUUCCCGCCCGGGUGAUCCAGGUGCAAGAUAUACCGUAUACGGUGAACUUGAAGCGUGUGGAGAUACCUGUGAAGAAGAUCAUCAAUGGCGCGCCGGUGUCCAGUGUGAACGCGGCAACGUUGCGAAAUCCAGAAUGCCUGGCAGAGUACGCAGCGCUGGGGGAGGCGCUGAGGGCCGAGGUGGUGGAGUGA